GGCUUCUACCAGCAGACCAUCGGCUGUUUUGAAGAGAUGCUGCAGGCUUUACUCUUGGAGAACCCACACCCCAAUGAACUCAAACAUAUGAUGGAGCUUAUAGAACCAUGGAUGAUAUCAAAGUUAAAUCAUGUGCGUGAAAGAGCUGUGGAGACGGCAAUGAAGCUCUUGAAGUUUGUAGCUGAACGUUUCCAUCUGGACCUUUCUCGGGAGUUCAGCAAGCUGGCCCACCUGACAGCUGUUUUGAUUGGUUUGUGCAAUGACCCGGUGCCAUGCAUUAGUUCUUUUGCUGUGCAAGGAGUCAGCUGUCUCUAUGAGCUCUUACUGCGCCGUAAAGGCAUGAAGACAAGCAAGCAAAAGAAGCUGAAGUGGUCGAUGAAGAGGAGCGUGAAACUCCAGGAACAGGACUGCCCUGCUUUUUUAGCACUGGAUAGCAGUUGGCAUGUAGCAAUGCAUUGUGGUGACCAGCUCUUUUCAGCUCAGUUGACCAACCUCCUGCUCUCCGUGCUGGACUAUUUGAGAGGGUCCAGUCCAGAAGUACUGAAGGCAGCAGAAGAGGUCCUCAGUGCAGUUCUGCAGAACCAUGCCAUGAAGGUGGAAAGGGUCAGAGAUGUUGUUGGAGGCAUCUACGUGUGCUUGCAGCUACGCCACGCUUCCUACUGGACCCGGAAAGUGGUGCUGAGGGCUCUAGCCUUGAUGAUCCCUUAUCACCUGGAGGAAGUGAUGCAGUGCUGCCUAUCAUUUUCCAUACCCCUCAACAGGCAGGCCAGUGAACUCUGGACGGCCAUGGCUUCCAGUCCCAAGAUGGCUGUGCAAAUCCUCCAUCUCUUACUGAAGAACCUGCAGGUGAAGGACCGUUCUGGGGACAGCGAAGACAGCACAGCCACAUCUCUGGCGGCAAUGAACGUCAUCUAUGAGACCUUCCGUAUCCCAGGAUAUCGGGCAGCCUUGGCAGAGAUGCAUCUUCAGCUCUUCAUCCCUCUACUGAAGCAGGUCCUUUAUGUGAUGCAGCUGAACUUGCCGGAGGCCUUAAAAACCAGGCAGGAGAUCAUCCUGAGGGAAAAUCCCACGGCACUCAGCUUCCAGAGCACUUCGGUGGAGAUUGUGAAGAAUCUGUUCUCGGUCACCGGGGACUGGGCAGUCUAUGCCUGCAUUGAGUUCCAGCAAGGAUGGAGGGUGCUUAGCACCCCCCAGCACUUUUUGCAGGGCACACGUCUGCUGGCACGGGCCAUGACGGAGUGCAACAGUGCCCAAAUCCCAGGAGUCUUUGGGGAGGCUGCUCUCAUUCUCAGCAGUGAGGAGGACGAGCUGAAGAAGAUGACGGCCUUGGCUCUCGUGAUUGAGUUUCUUAAAAGUCCAUCUGCCAUCAAGAUGAUGAACAGAUUCAGCCUCAAGGACCAUCUGGAGGAGGGCUUGGCAGCACACAAUCCCGUGGUCCAAGAUCUCUGUGUGAAGGGGCUCAACAGUUUUGUUUUCCAACAAGGGAAGGUUAAGUCCCUACGAGACCAGCUUCCAACAAUGAUCAACUCUAUUUUCAGUGGACAUGAAGAAGAUGUUCUGGAAGGGCUAAAUGACAUAAUGACCACACUCUAUGAGAUGGAUGGCCAGGGAAUUGGGCUCCUCUGUGUUGAUCUUGCUCUGAAUGUCCGCUCAUUUUUUGAGGAUGAAAGAGUCGAUGUCCGUGCAACUGCCAUCUCGUUGUUUGGGCAGCUGGUGAUGAGAGCCAAAGAAACUGACAAGGCCCUCCUCAAGAAGGAAGUGGUCUACAGUCUUCUCCCUCUGCUGCUGCAUUUGAAAGACCGGGAGAGCACGGUUGCCAUGAGCUGUAAGUUGAGUCUCUUGCACUGUGGUGUCUUUCUUGGAUGGGCCCACCUGAAGCUGAUGUUCCGCAGUCUGGCCUGGGAUGACCUCCGGAGCUGUUUGAUGAAUGUGUGGAAAUACUUGAUGCGGAACAACCACGAUAAUAUACACAUUUUUGUAUCUCAGGCCUUGGGAUUCCUCCAUCAUCCCCAGACAGAAAUAAGGAAUGCUGCAGCACGGUUCAUGGGCUACACGCUCAACUAUUACAGCUCAGAACUGUCUAAAAACCUGGAACAGGAGGACCUUUUCUACUUGAACAAAGUUUUUCAGAAGAUGGAAUCAAGUUCAGAUAGCAGCACGGUCCAUUUUGCAAAAACCUACCGGGUAGUUUUGCAGAAACUGUCUGUGAAAAGGAGGCUGGCUGGAGCCGGAGAGAAGGAUGCCCAAACAAGCGACAGCAACGCUCCAGAGAAACGACUCAGGGAGUGCGAAAGCAGAGCUGCCAGCCCACUGUACCUGCCCCCUGACUCUCCACGCCCAGGCCGAUCCACGCUGGAGGAGAGGGGAAUUCUGAUCCUGUCCACCCCCAAGCAAGUCAGACGAACACUUGCCCAGCGAGGCAAGCAGCACAGCGAACCCAGUGAGAGAGAGAGGGCACGUUCAGCUGAAGCUCCACCAGGGAUCUUCCCUUCCACGUCUGCUGGCACUGGUGGGAAGCAAAGCCCGCGGCACAGAGGCAUCUUUCUGAGCCAGGUGGACGAGCAGCCGUAAAGGUAUCCGUUUGGGAAACUGCUGCAGGCCUUCACAGGGGUACAAGUAUUACAGGCAGAGUCCCAGUGCAGCCACAACUCUUUAUCCCCUGAAAGUCGUAGCCACAAAACCCAUUUUUUCUGAGCUUCUGAAGCAAGCCUGAAAACAUGGGGCCUAAAAUGGGACCACUCACUGGAGGUGUUAUUUUUAUCAGUAUGGAUGUCCAAAUGGAGCAGCAAGGCUCUUGGAGUGCUAGACCCAAUUGAGGGAGGGCAGGACCAGCAGGAACAGGUAAGGGGUUCAGACUCAAGACUGUAAAAAUGUUUUGCAAUGCCCCGUUCAGCCAACAGGUGAUGCCACAGGAACCCCAGCUCCAAAGGGAGGCUAACUGGCCAGUGCGCUCCGCCUCAAGAAACCUCCGCCUCACAGUCUUCACACUCCAUCAUCAAUGGCUGACCUAUGCAAACCGGCCCUCCAGAGUCCCAGUGCUUGGACCUGACCAAAAGGCCCAGGCUGUAUUCCAAGACAGCCCUGCUCUCCAGAACAUUCCCCAUUGUUGGCCUGAAGCUUGAAGCAGCUUAGGUUGCCAGUCCUCCCCGAGUGAACUCUCCAACAUCUUCCAGCCAUGCAGUCGGAAGGGGGAAAGCAUCUCCUUUUUUUCUGAAGACCUUCCCUCAAGAGAAGAUGUUGACCCCUCCUGUUAGAAAUGCCGGAGCUGCUCAAUUCUUACCCAGGACAGUUUUCAGCUCAGUAAGACUGCGGAAGACACUCAAGAUCAAGCUGUUCCUGGUCUAAAAUAAAUCCCCAAUCUAUGAGACUCUCCAUGCAGUAGGAUGUCAUCAAAACUUUCUAAGGAAUUGACUCAGAGAGUUGCAUGUGUGCUCGGGCAUUGCUCCAACUGCUGCUGCAGCAGCAAGAGGCAAUGGAUUCACAUCAACCAGUUCACGAACCAACAGAACUUUGGGGAGCUGCUUCAUAUGCUGUUUACGUAAAGUGGGGGUUGAAGCAAACUGAGAGUUUCCUCCAAAAAUAGGCCAUCACCGCUAAAGAAAGAGCUGCCCCGCUCUUCAACUGCAUGUGGGAAUCUGAUCUGGGUGGCUUGAUCUCAGAGGAUCCUUCCCGUGGAUUCAGAGGAACACAAGAGGGUGGCAACCCACUAGAGCCACCCCGCACCAGCGACACAUUCCUUGGCUCGCACUGCGGUCCUGAAGGCCUGGGGGCCGAGUCUCUCGUGCCAGCUGUCCUCCGUGCUAGGACAGCAGGCUUUGGGUGAUCCUCCUGCUGCGCAGGGCCCUCACCUUGCCUCACCUCUGCCCUGGGCCAUAAUAUACAUGAAGCUGCUUGGACUGAAUAUCACUUUUGUGAUCUGCUUUGUUCUUGUAAGACUGCAGUGUAAAAUACAUACAUUUUUAAAUAAUAUGUAAACCUGGGCGGCUGCAAUUUCUGAGAAUACUUUCCAUUAUACCAGUGAUGCUUAUAAGGUUCAAAGUGACCCUAGAGGUCUUUUCAUCCAGGGCAGGAAUCCUCAUACCAUCCCAGACAAGCGGUUGCCCGUUUGCUUGAAAAUCUCCAGCGAUGGACCACCACAACUCGGAAGGUAGGCUGUUCUACCACUUAAUAGGCCUCCCGCUCAGGAAAUCCCUCAUUUUUCUUGGACCUCCCUCUCUAAAGCUUGGUUGUCGUCCUCCUCUCUGGAACUAUGGAGAAUCAAUCGACGCCCUCUUCCCUGUGGCAGCCCUUCAAGUAUUGGAAGUCUGCUAUCGUGUCUCCCUCAGACUUCUCUUCUUUAGGCCCAGUUCCUUCCACCAUUCCUCACAGGAUUUAGCCUCCAAGGCUCUCACCAUCUUCUCUGCACUCCUUUCAGUUCCUCAGCAUCCUUCUUGCAUUAUAUUGGCCAAAACUGGACACAGGGUUCCACUGUGGUCUGACCAGUGUAGCUAAGGCAGAACUAUCACUUCUGUGAUCUCAACAUUCUACUUCUGUUGACGCAGCCCAAGACCGCAUUGGCUCUUUUAGCAGCCGUGGCACACUGCUGGCUCAUGCUAAAUAUAUGUUCUACCAGGACACGCAGAUGGGUACACUUGGCUCAGCAGUAGUACUGCUGGGCCAGAUGUGCCCAUGCUUCUGGUUUUUCCUAAGUGCCAAACUUUGCAUUUCUUAUCACUAGACACAAUUUUGCUGGAAAGGGCCCAACAUUCAAAUAUAUCAAAAUUCUUUUGGACCUAAGCCUGUCUUCUAUGGUGCUAGCGAGCAUCCCUUCUAUCCUCUCAUUUAAGUCAUUCAUAAAAAUGUUGAAGGGCCCUGAACAGGACCCCAAAAUACCCGAAUAGAUGUCUGUUACAGAACCAUUAGUAACUAUGUGUUGGGUACAUUUGUUCAACCUGCUGCAAACCCACCCAGUAAUGAGAUUAUCUAUCCCACAUGGUUUCAUUUUAUCAAGAAGGAAGCUACAGCCAACUUAAUCAAAUGCCUUACUGAAGCCUAGGUAUACUACAUCUGCAGUAAUACCUUGGUCUAUUAAUGGUCUAUUAGGUCCAUGGUCUAUUACUCAAGUAAUUUUGUCAAAGAAAGCAGUAAAAUGGCACAAUAUGUUGUUAACAAGCCUUCAUGGCUUGUUCCCAAGUGUUGUAUCAGAACAGCACUGUGUUUAAUCCAUGGAAGGGAAGAAAUCUUUGGCCCAGGCAAGUGCCCAGAAACUCAGCCUGCAGGUCAGCAUGUGAUCCUCACUGAAGUAGCCUGAAGCCUUGCCAGGUAGACCAACCUGACACCUCUGGGAUGUCCUGUGUUGCCAGGGCUGUUUGAAAUGCAGAGUAGUGAUCCCCCUAUGGCUGCCACUGUAUUUUAUGGUCUUUUUCCUGUAGGGUUAGGGUUAACAACACAUCCUAUGCAAAUAGCUCCUUAAAUUGUCCAAAGUUUCACUGCUCCCUGGGAAGUGAUCAGGACAGCCAUAACACCUCCUGUUCACUCAAGAAGCAUGCAAACUGGCAUCCUCAGACUUCCGUAUCAGAGGUGUUUCUUUGCUACUUCUUGGUCUCUGUCCACUUUCACCCUCUGCCCAUCUUUUGCUGGGCAAAUCCCAGCAAAGGCUUUUUUGUUUUUUAUCACCUUAGCGUGCAGGUCAUGGAACAAUGGAUGCAAGUGACUGAAAGGCAGAUUCCCAUGGAAAAUUAUAAGAACCUUCCAACAGUACAAGCAAAGGUAGAGAGAAGGUGGGCUCCCCUUCACUGGAUGUGUUCAAGCAGAGGCUGGGAAGCCUCAACAAGGACUUCCACGCUGAGCAGAGGGCCCCCUUCCAAAGCUGGGGUUCACCUGAAGAGGUAGCUUUUCCUCCUUUCCCCAAAUAGAGCAGAAAGACGAAAAAGGCACUGGUUUCACAGGGUGCAAGUAGCCCAUUUAGUUCUAGAAAGUUCCUGAAGUUUGGAAGGAAACUAGUGCUAUUCAACUCUGCCGAGCUGCAUUUGCAUUAGAACACGAAGACAGCCAAGUGCUUCUUCUUCUUCUUCACCUCUGUCUCCUUUUGGAAACGGAGAUGAGACCCUCCUCCUAAGUCCCCACUGGGUUUUGUUACGGGGAGGAGGAAAGCAGGGAAACAGCUAGGAAAGGCCAGCUGAGGUUAUACCAGUUCAGGAUCAAGGGAGUCAUUUGCUAUUCCGGCUGGGAGGCAAUUUUUGACAUUCUACGCUCGGUAUUCCAGGCUUGGCUACUGUCAGCCAAGAAGCACCAAACUGCACAGACCCUUGUUUACCUCGCUCAUCCCACUCCCACUGUGUGCGGAGUCCGAGUUUCUGUGGCUUUACAGAGCUAGGUGGAUUCUUCACACAAAAGCAAGGCUGAGAUAUCCACCCGCU